AGGAAUUCCUUCCUGCGCCCUCUAGGAUAGUUCACGGCGAAAGAUAGCCUUCGUCUGAGGACUACAAUCCCCACAAUUCAAUCUGCCCUCACGCCGGGUCACGUGGCAGAGUCAAUUGUGUUUCCCACAAUUCUUUGUGAUAGCUUAAGAUGGCGGCGCCCAGUGACACAAGGAGCGACUCCGAGAGCAGCAGUAGUAGCGAUGCGGAGGAGUUGGCGCGGUGCAGAGAGGCGGCUAUGCCGGCCUGGGGCUUGGAGCAGCCCUCGCGAGGAACAAAAAAAACAAGAGACGAUGCUGCAAAUAACCAGUUGCCAACCUCCCAGCCAAGCCUCAGGCAUAAGGUGGAUGAGCACGAGCAGGAUGGCAACAAGCUGCAAACCACGCCCGAGUUCCGAGCCCACGUGGCCAGGAAGCUGAGUGCGCUGCUGGACAGCUCUAUCAUCAUCUCAGAAGCAGUGAAGGAACCGAGAAAAGCUAUGAUACAGGAAGUGGCCUCAGGAGACAAUGGCUUCCGCCUCUUCUUCACGUCCCUCCCCAGAGACCCUGAGGAGGAAGCUGCUCCCCGGCCCUGCAGAAAGCGACAGCGCUCCGGUUCCAGCGAGGACAGCACUGAGGCUGAGGAGUGGCAGCGGUGCCGGGAGGCGGCCGUGUCCGCCAACGACAUUCUCCAGGACUCAGCUAUCCACAGCCCUGUCCGCGGGGAGCAGGAGGCCAAGAAGAAGAAAAAGAAAGCCAAGAAGGUGGUCAGCCUCGACCCGGCUGAAGCCACCACCCCAGCCAGCGGAGCGACAGUCCAGAAACAAGAAAGGGGGUUGAGUGCCAUCAGCGGGGACCAGGUAUCACCGGGGACCAAAAACAAAAAAAGGAAGAAAAAGGCGAAGGCCAACAAGGCUUCCUCAUGCCCACUGGCAAAAAGCACAACCGCUGUGCUUGCAAACUGACCCUGGUCUGUGGUACCCAUACCAUAGCCAUUUCCACACUCCCCUCCCCAAGUCCAAGCGCCUAGCUCGCAAGUCCAAACUCUGCCCCUCUGUGUUCCUAUCGAGGGUGCAACAGACCUGUAGUUCCAGAACAUUCUGUGGCCUCAGCAAGGCAGAAUCUUCCAGCUAUUCAAGACUAAUGGCCAAGUAGUGAUGCCCCACCUCCCCAAGACAGUCUGUAGGGGCAAAAGUAAAGGGAGACUUUUCACUGCAUGCGGUGACACAUGCCUCUAAUCCCAGCACUUGGGAGGCUGAGGCAGGAAAAUCUCCAUGAGUUCAAAGACAACCUGGACUACUAGCAAGACAUGGAAAGGGGAAGACAUUUCUCCCUCCCCAGCCAAAUGUGAGAGGCAGAUCUUUAGAAAUUGAGGGGAGGGGUCCCCAAGAUGCCAAGGCCUAGAAAAACAUUUAUACUUCUCCCCCCAACUUACAUACAAUUAACAAGACAUUUUGAGGAAAAGGAGGAGAGUUUUCCCUCCUGUUUUCCAGAAUUCCUUUUCUCCACGUUAAGAUUUUAUGGGCACAACAUUUUUGCACCACCUGGCCCAUUAGAAAUGAGUUGUCAAGGGGCCCAGAACUCCUUGCUGCCUCCGCUCAAUGUUGAAUCUUACAGGGACAUUUGAAGUGAACAUUGUGUAUAGGACCCGCCCACCAGCACACCUGGAUAUGUACUGUCUCCACCGUUCAAGGUUCAGGAAGUGUUGCAGCGCUUGUGGACUAAGUUCUGUGUAGAGGGCUUUUCUGCAGCCAAUAGCCAAGGUGAAGGUGGAAUUCAGGCUUCCUCACCUUGCCUAAGUCUCAGGCAGAAAAACGGGGAGCCAGGCACGGUGUCUGGGAGGCUGAGGCAGGAGGAUCACAAGUUCAACCCCAGCCUGGGCAGUUUAGUGACUUGG